CUCGACUUCUGCCGUUGCUGUUGCAGUUGCGGCAACACUGUAUUAUAUACCCCAGUCUGCUUACGUCAUUUGUCAAUAUCCGUCCGCACUUGAAAGUAGUUCCCACUGCUCCGAAACGCACUAUUGUAUGGCUAUCGUAUUAUUUUAUUUAACAAUCAUACGUAUACUCAUAAACGUACAGAAUUUGUCAAAAAUAGUACGAUUUAAAACGAUGUUGUAACAUAUUUUACGUGGCGGAAUAAUAUCUCAUAGGAAUCCGGCUUUAGAAUGUGCUAGAAGGACGGUAGCAACAGGACCGUCGCCGUGCUGCUGAUUGGACUGCAGGAUUGUUUGUUUGCUCAACGAUUGGUUGAUGCGUUACACAGGGUCUGGCCGCUCUGGGCGGGACAUUCAGUUCCACGUCAACAGGUUUCACAACAAACACGUCACCAGUUUAAUCACAUCAGACGCCUGAUCCUUCUGUCGUUGACGCCGACGUGACUGAAGAUGGCUCUUGUGAAACACACGGGCGGCUGCCACUGUGGGGCUGUUAGAUUUGAAGUCUUGAGUUCCCCGGACCUCCAUGUUUUCCAGUGCAACUGCAGCAUUUGCACAAAGAAACAAAACCAUCAUUUCAUUGUCCCAAAAAAUCUCUUCACACUCUUAAAGGGGUCAGAUAAUCUGACCACAUACACCUUUAACACUCACGUUGCCAAGCACACCUUCUGUCAAACCUGUGGAGUUCAAAGUUUCUACACGCCGCGCUCCAACCCUGAUGGAUACGGCGUUGCUCCGCACUGUCUGGAUCCAGGUACCGUCUGCAGUGUCACGGUGGAGCCGUUCGGUGGUGAGAAGUGGGAAGAAAGCAUGCAGGCUCACACAAGCAUCAGAGGCAUGUCCAAACACUAAAUAACAACACUGUGAUGUGAGAUUCAAUCUUUAACUUUUUAAACAUUUUUAUUCAUCAGCAGUGUAACAGUAUUAUCAACAUAAAAAGAAAAGAAAAAAAAAACACUCAACCCAUUCAAACCCUAGUGUUGUUUUCAUGCAGUGUAAAGACAAUAAAGACGUUUCUGGACCA